UAGCCUGCCCCUGUGGCUGGCCAGGGCGGGCACCCCGUCUGCAUCCUAAAUGAGAGGUUUGUCACUUGGUGUCUGGGAGCAGAAAGGCUGCUGCGGUUAGUAGGGGUUACAGUUGGUGAGGUGUCCGCUGGCUGGCAGCUGGUGCCCUCAGACAACAUGCCUGAACAGAGCAAUGAUUACCGGGUGGCGGUGUUUGGAGCCGGCGGCGUGGGCAAGAGCUCCCUGGUCUUGAGGUUCGUGAAGGGCACGUUCCGGGAGAGCUACAUCCCCACGGUGGAAGACACCUACCGGCAGGUCAUCAGCUGUGACAAGAGCAUAUGCACGCUGCAGAUCACCGACACCACGGGCAGCCACCAGUUCCCAGCCAUGCAGCGGCUCUCCAUCUCCAAGGGCCACGCCUUCAUCUUGGUGUACUCCAUCACCAGCCGGCAGUCCUUGGAGGAGCUCAAGCCCAUCUACGAGCAGAUCUGCGAGAUCAAGGGGGACGUGGAGAGCAUCCCCAUCAUGCUGGUGGGCAACAAGUGCGACGAGAGCCCCAGCCGGGAGGUGCAGAGCAGCGAGGCCGAGGCCCUGGCCCGCACAUGGAAGUGCGCCUUCAUGGAGACCUCGGCCAAGCUCAACCACAACGUGAAGGAGCUCUUCCAGGAGCUGCUCAACCUGGAGAAGCGCAGGACCGUGAGCCUCCAGAUCGACGGCAAAAAGAGCAAGCAGCAGAAGAGGAAAGAGAAGCUCAAGGGCAAGUGCGUGCUCAUGUGAGCGCCCCCACACGUCCCCUCCUCUGUCCCCGUGUGAAGCCACUGUCAUCAGGGUAGCAUGUGCAGUGCCCACGUGUUAAACAUUGCAUCUGACCGAGACACGUCCUCUUGCCCGUAAGAGGGCAUCCCACACCAACGAAAAGCCACCCCUCUCUGGAGUCACGGAACCUGCCGGCGGUUAUGACGCAAACCAACAUGCUCCGCAUCCCAGGGAACUGACAGAGGGGCCGGUGGCUUCCAAAGGCGGCCCUGGCCACGGGAGGCAGCAGGACUGGUACGCGGAAGCAGCGUGUGCCGAGGGACUAACGUCACCUACAUGCAUGCGAGAGCGUGUUUCCCCCAGGCUGCCCGCACCAGCCCCCAGCCAGACGUUCCUCCCUGCUCAGGAGUCGGUAACGCCCUCGGGGGAGGGAAGAGGUAGGAGGAAGCGCGAAGACCAGUUGGUUCAAAGUGGACCCAGUGGGUCCUUCUCAUGCUUUUUAACUAAAUUAACACUAAAUGAACACAGCCUCCCCAGAGGAUGCUCACCCUGCGUCCCCCAGCCCGUCAGGAGCCCAGCUGCCCUGAGGUAGUGCCUCGCGUAGACUAGCUAGCAAGUGUAGUGUAGCCGCCUCGUGCGUUUCCUGUUGCGUGCAGUGCGUUCCCUCCUAGCAUGCUCCUUGUCAGCGUUUCUCCAGUGUCUGAGGAAGGAGAUUAUGACAUUAUGAAAACGUCGCAAUAAUGUCCCGUGUGUUACACUCGAGGGUGUACUGUGAAGUCCCUUCUAUUCAUCCAGGGGGAGCCUGAUUGCUUCCAGCCCUCAGGUUUUAAAUACAAGGGAAUAAAUUUUUAGACAUUUCCCCCUCCAAGAUGGUUUUCCUCUCUUUAAUAACUUAUCUGUACCUAGCUGCCUAACGGCCAGCAAAGGCCAUCCAAUGACCAGAAGCAUGUUUUUCUGUGUCACAAACAUGUGGAUGCCAUCCUUGGACCUUAAUGAAAUACUUGGAAACAGAAGUUGUCCCUUCUGUCACUGUGUUUUUGAUGAUCUACCUAUGUGCGCAGUAUAUUCUUGGAAAAUGCAUUUAAGUAGUAGUAACUCUCUCUCUCUUUUUUUUUGAGAGUUGU